CAUUUGAAGUAGGUUUCAGUGGCGAUGGACUCAAAAAAAGCAAUUUCUUCUUCAAAGGGGCUGUUGCAGAGUGAAGAAUUGUAUCAGUAUAUCCUAGAGACCAGCGUGUAUCCGCGUGAACUAGAGCCUCUCAGAGAGCUAAGGAUGCUUACUGCUACCCACCCAAGGGCCAUGAUGGCUACUGCACCAGAUGCUGGUCAGUUGAUGGCAAUGCUCUUGAAGCUAGUAAAUGCACAAAAAACAAUUGAAGUGGGAGUUUUCACUGGGUACUCCCUUCUCCUCACUGCUCUUUCAAUUCCUAAGGAUGGAAAGAUUACAGCCAUAGAUGUGAAUCGUGAGGCUUACGAAAUAGGAUUACCAAUUAUAAGAAAUGCUGGUGUUGAACACAAAAUUAACUUCAUAGAAUCAGAAGCUCAACCGAUUCUUGACAAGCUAUUAGAACAUCAUGGAAAUGAAGGCAGUUUUGAUUUUGCUUUUGUUGAUGCUGACAAAGUCAAUUACUGGAACUACCACGAGAGGCUAAUGAAAUUGUUAAAGGUGGGGGGAAUAGCUGUCUAUGACAACACAUUAUGGGGAGGGACAGCUGCUUUGCCAGAAAAGUCUACUCCAGAGAAUAUGAAAGCAGGCAGGCAACUUACAAUUGAAUUUAACAAAUUGCUUGCAGCUGACUCCCGCGUCCAAAUCUCACAUGCUUCAUUGGGUGAUGGGAUCACAAUUUGCAGGCGAAUCUACUGAAUAUCUGCCUGAUACUCGCUUUUGCUCCUGUGCGAAUGCAAGGAGUGAAAGCUUAAUAAGAGUCAUUUUACUCCUUGAUCAAAAGAUAUAAUAUCGUGAAUGAAAUUCUGACUACCAUUUUCUGGUUGGUUCAGCUGAAAUGCCUUGAAA